AUGGCUGUGCGCUGGCACGGAGUGGUCCCACCUUUUGCCACGCGUCCUCGUCCUUUGCGAAUUUCAAGGGGUGCCCGCUCCUUGCUGGCAGCCUCGUUUGCCACCUGGGCCUCUGAUUCGCCCACCUGUGCGUUUGCCUCCCUUGUGUCCCGUCCUUGUCUGUGUCCACGUCGCCGACCUCCUUCCUCGUUUUUGGGAACCCCAUCCUCCGCCUCGACCGAGAUCUCCUCUGACUCUGCCUCUUGUUCCUCCAUAUAUUCUGACCCCUCCUCCUCUGCCGGUUCAUUCAUUGGUUCAUCUUCAGUUUGUUCUGGCCUCUCGUGUCUUUCCCGCCAGUUCCCAGAUCUGGCCUUCUCCCGUGCUACUGCUCUCGCCAGCUCACCCACGCGCCCGUCCCUGCCCCGGCCUCGCCCCCGGCCUCUUGUGGCCGCUCUUGUCGCCGCGUUUCGCGGCUGUUGGCCCGCGGCUUGUUCGUCCGCUCUCUCUUGCAGCGCCCUCUGCCGGCUUGUUCCUGCCCUCCUCCGUCGUUUUGCACGUUCGCGGCGGGAGUGCGUGGUGGGGUAUCCUGCUGUUCCCAAUCCGCCAGAGGCCCAGGGCGGGCUGGCGCCAGUCCUACUCGAGCACAAGGGGGCCGGGACCCCCUCUCGUCCUCGUGAGCCAGUGUACCGAUCGCCCCGCGGGCGGACUCAUCCGCAUCUGAGGGCCCGUCGUGGUUCCUUUCGUCCUUGCCGGCCUCCCCGCCCGCCGCCUGCUCUUCAGCGACAGAUUGUGGGGCCGCAUCUCCAGCCGCGCUCUCCUCUGGUGUCUCAACCACAUCCUCCACUGCCUCGACCCACGCUGUCUCAGCACUCCUCUCAGCAGCAGUCGUCCGGGCCUGCUGCAUCGUCCCUUCCGCUGGCUCAGCCCCCGCCGCCGUCCGAUCCGCCGCUGUCGGCGUCGACCUCUCACCCGCCUCCUCCUCCGCUGUCCCCGCCGACGUUGUCCUCGGAUGGGGCAGCUCUCGUGCCCCCCCUACCCGAUCCGUCGCUUGUUGCUGCCGAUCCCCCUUCUGAGCUUCCACAGCGGCAGCACCCCCUCGUUCCCCACGAUCCCGCCCCUGUCGCUCGUUUCCCUCUGCCCCGAGCGCUGUCUCCUGAGCUUCUGCCCGACGCCCCUCAUCCUGAGGACGACGAGAAGUGGUGGAACGGUGAGCUGUGGGAAUCUCCUCCUCAGUCCGGGACGACGUGGGGUCGGGAUUGGGAGAUUCGGUCCGACUUCGUCCUUGAUGUCCUCUGUUGGGAGCAUCGCAUGAUUGGCGUUGGCGAGUGCCUCUCCCACGUGGCGACAGCGCUGGAGCAGCUGCAUGCUGGUCUGGAGUCGCGGAACGUCGUGCUGCGGGAUCCCCAGCUGACCGAGGAGCAGCAGGGUGUUGUACGUGCGGCUGCGGCGCAGGGCUUGUGGCGGCUGCUCCGCUUGCCCCUUGAGUUCGAGCACCCUGACGAGAACGAGGGGCUGAGCGCGAGGGCUUUCCGCAGGGUCGCCACGGCUGCCGAAGAGGAGCCCCUGCAGCUUGUGCCUGCGCUCGCGUCCUUGCUCCGCCGGAUCCCCCGGCGUUUUUACGUGUUGAACCACGUUUAG